UAUAUAUUAGCAGGUUUUCUGCAGUGUGUGCAAUUGCAAAACCAUGCAAUUUAUAUCUUUUGAUGCUGUACUUGAACGUAUGAUGGGUGCCAAAGUGAACCCAAAGCCGAAGCGGAAGAAGGUGAGGAAGCCGCAGGUGGCGGCGAAGAAGACGACUCCCAAACUGAUGAUGGAGAAAGAGAUCGGCGGAGAUAAGAACGGAGGCAAACGAUUAGUCCGCAUCAAACGGCUGCCCAGGUUUUACCCGACAGAAGACAAACCCCGUAAACUGAAGUCCCGCAAGAAGCCGUUCAGCAAACAUCAUCACAAACUGCGAUCAUCCAUAACUCCCGGAACCAUCGUCAUCAUCGUGGCAGGCAGACACAAGGGGAAGAGGGUUGUAUUUCUGAAACAGUUGAAAACAGGACUUUUGCUUGUCACAGGACCAUUCCACUUGAAUGGCUGUCCUCUGCGGAGAAUAAACCAGCGCUAUGUGAUAGCUACCCGCACUCGUCUCGACAUCAAGGGCCUCAAACUGCCAGAGAGACUGAAUGACGAUUAUUUCCGCAGAAAGAAGCUUCGCAGACCAAAACACACAGAAGGUGAAAUCUUCGAUACAAAGAAAGAGGUCUAUACAGUGUCCGAUGAAUGUAUUUCAGGUCUAUACAGUGUCCGAUGAAUGUUUUUCAGGUCUGUACAGUGUCCGAUGAAUGUUUUUCAGGUCUAUAACAGUGUGGGAUGAAUGUUUUUCAGGUCUAUAACAGUGUGGGAUGAAUGUUUUUCAGGUCUCUAUACAGUGUCCGAUGAAUGUUUUCCAGGUCUGUACAGUGUCCGAUGAAUGUUUUUCAGGUCUAUAACAAGUGUCCGAUGAAUGUUUUCCAGGUCUAUAUAUGUCCAAUGAAUGUUUUCCAGGUCUAUACAGUGUCCAGUGAAUGUUUUUGAGGUCUACAACUGUCCGAUGAAUGUUUUCCAGGUCUAUACAGUGUCCAGUGAAUGUUUUUCAGGUCUAUAACUGUCUGAUGAUUGUUUUUCAGGUCUACAACUGUCCAGUGAAUGUUUUCCAGGUCUAUACAGUGUCCAGUGAAUGUUUUUCAGGUCUAUAACUGUCUGAUGAUUGUUUUUCAGGUCUAUAACUGUCCAGGGAAUGUUUUCCAAGUCUAUACAGUGUCCAGUGAAUGUUUUUCAGGUCUAUACAGUGUCCAAUGAAUGUUUUUCAGGUCUAUACAGUGUGCAGUGAAUGUUUUUCAGGUCUAUAACUGUCUGAUGAUUGUUUUUCAGGUCUAUAACUGUCCAGGGAAUGUUUUCCAAGUCUAUACAGUGUCCAGUGAAUGUUUUUCAGGUCUAUAACUGUCUGAUGAUUGUUUUUCAGGUCUAUAACUGUCCAGGGAAUGUUUUUCAGGUCUAUACAGUGUCCAGUGAAUGUUUUUCAGGUCUAUAACUGUCCAGUGAAUGUUUUCCAGGUCUAUACAGUGUCCAGUGAAUGUUUUUCAGGUCUAUACAGUGUCCAGUGAAUGUUUUUCAGGUCUAUACAGUGUCCAGUGAAUGUUUUUCAGGUCUAUACAGUGUCAGAUGAGCGGAAGGAGGAUCAGGUGGAGGUAGAUAAACAAAUUCUCGACGUCGUGCGCAAA